AUGUAUUUCAUAAAAUUAUUUGCAAGUUUAUCAACAAGAAAUUUAGUUUUAUUACAAGCUCGGAACAUAAACUGUUGGUCAUGCGGCAAAGAUACAACUUUAGUUGCGAACUUAUUUUGUUCAAAUUGCAAAACCCUUCAAAAGCCAGAUAAUGUGGAAAAUUACUUUAAGUUGAUGGGGGUUGAUGAAUCCUAUGACUUAGAUGAGGAGGACCUAUCAAAGAGAUAUAAACAACUUCAAAGAUAUUUGCAUCCAGACAAAUAUGCAAACAGAAAUGAAAUGGAGCAAGAAAUAUCAGCAAAAUAUUCCUCUUUAGUCAAUGAGGCCUAUAGAACUCUAUUGGAACCCUUACCUAGAGGUAUUUAUAUGUUAAAGCUUAAAGGAAAACAAAUUGAAGAAAAUAUGGAGACAGAUCCUGCCUUUUUAAUGGAAAUAAUGGAGAAAAAUGAAGAAGUUGAAAAUGCAGAAACAGAAGCUGAAAUUAUGAAACUUAAUAAAGAAAUAAAAUUGAUCAUUCAAGAUCUUCAAAAAAGGUUGUCAACUGCAUUUUUUGGUGGUGACAUGAAAAAUGUUAUGAAAUUAUUGGGACAGAUGAAAUAUUAUUCUAGCAUAUACAAUCAAAUUCAAAACUCUAUUCGGAAUAAAGGAAUUAUAAGAUAA